CCCAAGAUGGCGGCGGUGGUGCUGGCGGCGACGCGGCUGCUGCGAGGCUCGCGCGCCUGGGGCCGCUCGCGGCUGAGGUUUGGGGCCCCGCGGUACAGACAGUUCAGCAGUGGGGGCGCCUACCCCAACAUCCCGCUCUCUGCCCCCCUGCCCGGAGUGCCCACGCCCGUGUUUGCCACUGUGGACGGCCAGGAGAAGUUUGAGACCAAAGUCAGCACGCUGGAGAACGGGCUGCGCGUGGCCUCCCAGAACAAGUUCGGGCAGUUCUGCACGGUCGGCAUUCUUAUUAAUUCAGGGUCAAGAUAUGAAGCAAAAUACCUGAGUGGAAUCGCUCACUUUUUGGAAAAGUUGGCAUUUUCGUCCACGGACCGCUUCGACAGCAAGGACGGAAUCCUGCUCACCUUGGAGGAGCACGGGGGCAUCUGUGACUGCCAGGCGUCAAGGGACACCACCAUGUAUGCGGUGUCUGCCGAUUCGAAAGGCCUGGACACGGUGGUCGGCUUGCUGGCUGAGGUGGUCCUGCACCCCCGGCUCACAGAGGAGGAGAUUGAGAUGGCGCGAAUGGCUGUCCAGUUUGAGCUGGAGGACCUCAACAUGCGGCCUGACCCGGAGCCUCUUCUCACCGAGAUGAUUCACGAGGCCGCUUACAGGGAGAACACGGUCGGCCUCCACCGCUUCUGCCCCACAGAGAACAUCGCGAAGAUGGACCGCGACGUGCUGCACUCCUACCUGAGGAACUACUACACGCCAGACCGCAUGGUGCUGGCGGGCGUGGGCAUCGAGCACGGCCACCUGGUGGAGUGCGCCAGGAAGCACCUCCUGGGCGCCCGGCCGGCCUGGGGGAGCGGGGCGGCCGUGGACGUGGACCGCUCCGUAGCGCAGUACACCGGGGGCGUCGCCAAGCUAGAGAGAGACAUGUCCAAGGUCAGCCUGGGCCCCGCCCCGUUCCCUGAGCUCACGCACAUCAUGAUCGGGCUGGAGAGCUGCUCCUUCCUGGAGGCUGACUUCAUCCCCUUCGCGGUGCUGAACAUGAUGAUGGGCGGCGGCGGCUCCUUCUCGGCCGGCGGGCCCGGCAAGGGCAUGUUCACCCGCCUCUACCUCAACGUGCUCAACAGGCACCACUGGAUGUACAACGCCACCGCCUACCACCACAGCUACGAGGACACGGGGCUCCUGUGCAUCCACGCCAGCGCCGACCCCAGACAGGUUCGAGAAAUGGUGGAGAUCAUCACCAAGGAGUUCAUUUUAAUGGGCGGGACUGUGGAUGUGGUGGAGCUGGAGCGAGCCAAGACGCAGCUGAUGUCCAUGCUCAUGAUGAACCUGGAGGCCAGGCCCGUGAUCUUCGAGGACGUGGGGAGGCAGGUGCUGGCGACCCGCUCCAGGAAGCUGCCCCACGAGCUGUGCGCGCUCAUCCGCGACGUGAGGCCAGAGGACAUCAAGCGAGUUGCUUCGAAGAUGCUGCGCGGGAAGCCGGCAGUGGCCGCCCUGGGGGACCUCAGUGACCUGCCCAGCUACGAGCACAUCCAGGCGGCGCUGUCCAGCAGAGACGGGCGCCUGCCCAGGACCUACCGGCUCUUCCGGUAGAGGCUGUGUUUGCACACGUUUCUUUGGAGGUGAACUUAGUGCAGGAACUCCCGAGCGCUGCAGACCACAGGACGCUUCUCCGCACAGUGAACGCACACGCCGACGUGGGCACUGCGUGUGCCGUCGCGGACUACACGUGCCUCCAGCACUCCACUCCGGCCGGGUGGCGUGCAGAAGGCUCCGGCCGCCGCUUCCGCGUCCAGUGCCGGCCACUAAGCACGUCAGUGCCAGGGCGUGGCCCGGGCACGCUGCCUGCUUCACGGCGCGGCCGGGCGCCUGGGCUGUCUGCCGACGUGAUCACGUGCACUGUUGUCCUCACCCUUGACUUAGGACCGGCUGUGAAAGGCUGUUGCAACUGGCACCUUUUCUAGAACGAGGCAGGGCAGUGCCACCACCUCUCCCUGCUGGCCCUUGUCGGACCUGGCAUUCAAAAGCCGCGGGCCCUUUCAUUGGGAAGUGGGUCCUGAUGCCAGAGGUAUCCGUGCACGGGUGCGAGGGGCUUCUUGGAAUUGGUGGUCGGCGAUCGCGUUUUAAAAGGUGGGAGACUCGAGCUGUAGGUUCAGGAGGGAAAGGUCACACAACUGGUGACGGUAGAUUUGUGCUUCUGAGACUCCAAUGCCCGUAGAAGCCCCAGGUUCCACGGGGGAACCCCGAGUCCCCGGGUAGUUCUAGGGCACCACAGCGUAGAGGGCAGCGCCCGGCACGGCCAUCGGGCACUGGAGGAAUCAAAUAAACGUGUACGUGUUC